UCCGUGCGUACGUACGGGACGAGAGCGCGUGCAUGCCGAUGCGGACAUCCACGGAUGCGGCCAAGAAGAAGAAGGCCGUCGUGAUCACCGCCUACGAGGAGCUGCCGCGCCGCCGCCCCAGCUGCAGCUACGGCGCGACGUCGACGGGCGGCGCCGCUGCUCGAGCCAAGUCGACGUCGAAGCCCGCGGCCGUGGGCGGCUACAGCCGUCGCGCGAUGCUCCUCGCGUACACGCAGCAUCUGCGGCGGCGCGGCGGGCAGAUCAGAUCGUCGUCUUCAUCGUCGCCGGGAUCGUCAGGGCCACGGAUGCUGGGGUGGGGCGAGUGGAAGCAGCGGGCAGAUCCUGGCGCCGGAAACGUCGACGGCGGCGAAAAAGUGAGACAGGUGGCGGCUGGGAGGAGAAGCUGGUGCUCCAGGCUCCGGUCAUGGGUGCGGCUUUGGAUCAGGACGUUUUUCCGGCGGGUUAGGAGGAUCGGGGAGAACGCCUCGUGCAAGAGAGCGGAUCUGACGGCUUAAUGCACGAUCGACGCGUGCUACUAGAGAAUCGAUGUUAGCUCGAUCGGUUGGUCAGCCAAUUCAUUGCUAGCGCGCUUGCAUGCAUCCCAGGAAUUUUCAGUGACCUUGAUUGUUUAGGCAUCAAUUGAAAGGCUUGCUCACAAAUUGUUUGGAUGAUGUUGUCUGUCACAAAAGAGUAUAUGGGACAUGACUUCCAAACUUCCAAACGAAUAAGAGCUCUUUUACGGUGA